AGUUCGCCGUCAAUCCAGUCUUCGCCGAGGAGCGUAUGUGUAAACGGUAUUCUCGCAAAGUUCCAAAAGUCGCAUCAUUCGUCGGUCCCCAUUAUAAAGUCUGUGUCGACAUAACAGCAACAACAAAAAUCAGGUUUUCUUGGUGCAUUUUUUCUUCCUGAAUUACCUACCUUUUUCUUAUUUUGUUCCUCUUCGCCAAAAGCAGCAGCCGUUCGGUGUGUUCGAAGAAUAAACUUCCAAUCAUUCAGGCUUCGCAAGUACCGUACAUGAAAAGUUUUAUGUAUGGCAAGGGCCGUGUAAAAGGAAUCUGUGGAGUGGGCUGUUUUGCCUUGCCGUCAAAAUUUGAAGUUAUAUCGCAACUUUCCGGGUGUUGGAAAAAAAAACUGCGUUCCACCCUAACCGUACCAGGGAACGAAAAUUGUGUGCUCAUGCAAUGUGCUAAGUGAAAAUCAAAUCAAUCUAUUUUCAUAGAAUCAAAUUAAUGGUAAUGUGAAAAAAAUCGCAGGAGUAUUGUGGUGUUUUGCCGAGCAGGAAGAGGAAGCGGUAAUAGAAACGAAGAAGAGUUACUUCCUUCAGAAAAAAAGUGGUUUUACUGUGCAGGAAGGCAUUCGGUCCGAGUGAAAAAGCUGCUUUGGAAAAGUGUGUGGAAAAUUGCUGAAACAAGUUUUCUUUUUUUUUUUUUGCUUGCCGUUGUGUCCGUGUGCGAAUUAAUUUCUCGGAUCUCUUGAAGUCAGCCAGCGCCCCGGUCAAGGAGUUUUGAGUGUAGAAGGCAAAUUGAUACGGCAAAACCAAAACAGAAAGAAGAAAACAACGCGACUCUUGAAAGAGCGACGAUUACGGCUGUGACCACGACGACUGCGAUCGAUGCUCGUUUAGCUGCUGGCUGUUCGUCAUCGGUGGUGGUGGCGGUGACGGCCACGGCGGCCAUAUUAUGGCUGAGGAAGAGUUGAUGGUCGUGCUGCGAAAGAGCGAGGAUGCAACGUUCGGGUUCUCGCUGCUCCGGACCGAGGGCUUCCCGCACGUCAUCUACGACAUCGUCGAGAACUCGCCGGCUGCCGAGUGUGGUGAGGUCGAAGCCGGCGAUGUAAUCGUGAAAGUCAACGGAACUGACGUGCACGGAUUUACUACUAAAGAUGUGCUAAAAUGUCUUCGACUUUCGACGGAUCCGGUUACGCUAGAGCUGAAAAGAGAUCCCAAAAUAAAAGCUCACGUCCGUAAGUACCUGGCCUCGAUCAGCAACCAGCAUCCCCACUCCGACGGUCAUCAGCUGCAGUACUCUAAUCCCUCGUCGCCAAUUCACAACCGGCACUCGCCAGCGUCACCACUUUCCGAGCGGGGUCCCAGCCGAAUUCAGUCACCGGUGGUGACCGGUGGUAGCACCGCCGGUAGUCGCCACGGGCACCGGGUAUCUACAUCCGAUCCGUCAUGUCGACCCUCGCGUAUCCCACAGGCAGUACAGGCCACGAAAAACUCCUGGAGUGCACCCCAGUCUCCGCACGGUGUCAAAGUGCAGCGCCCGUCGCAGAUACCGACCGCUAACGGAACGUCGUCGGCGUCUGCGGUACAGCAAGGUCACUAUCAUCAACAGCAGCAGCACAGCAAUCAGUAUUCAUCGUCGGCAUCUGCGUUCUACCAGCAGCAGCCACAGCCCCCGCCGAAGAAAGGCUUCGAAGCGUUCAUGAUGACCGGUGAUCUUAUCCUGAAUCUCUCGCGGACGCCGCAGAGCUCGGGAAUUCUACCGCAGGCGAAGGCUAAGAUCGACAGCCUACGGGACUCUCCCAGCCAUCGGGCCAGUACGAAGCGGAAAAACGGUGCAAUUGCACCACACGCCAAGUGCGAUUCAUCCCCGUCGUCACCGUCCAGCGAGAGCUACUCGGAGAACCACCAACAGGACAACAGCAACGGUAAAGUACACAGCAAACACCAACAGCAGAUUGUGCUGCCGCCGGCUGAUCAACCAUCGUCGAAGAAACGGAACCGCAGUCAGCAAAGGGCCGAGGAGGAAGAGGAAGCGGAAGAGAACGAGGAGGUGGAUGAACUGGAACAGAACGAUCAAAACACGGGCAGUUCGAUAGAGUCGAUAGUGAACAGUAGCAGCAAAAAGCUUAGCGGUGGUAGCUAUCAUAACAACAAUCACAACAACAACCGAAUCAUGGAAGAGGAGCACGAGCAGGGAUUGAUUUCGAGACAUGGCAGCAGUGCAUCGGCGGCUGCUACUGCUGCUGGUGGUGGCGCCGGUCGAACCAUUGGCAGCAGUAGCAACAGCGGAGGAAGUAGCGUCGACGCAGCCGACGAAGAGGAAAAUGCGGAUGAUUUUAUGGAUCUAGGAAGUAACCGAACAAACACUAGUGGCUGUGUGUCUUCCUCGUUGCUGGGAGAGCGGAACUCCGUCCGGAGAGAUGUUCGCCCAGGGCAGGAUGGCAGUAAUAAUAGUGUUGGCGCCCAGCAGCUAGCGGCCGGAACGGGAAACGAUAGUGUCGAUAGUAGCAGCACGGCUGUCACCAACGGAGAUUUGCGUCACCAUCGUCAUCAUCCCUAUUCCGACCGGGAACGGAUAAAAUCGUCUUCAUCGGCUGCAUCUUCCGGUGGUGGAGCCACAGUCAAAAGUGAAAGCUCACCGGAGAUGAGCUAUUCUGUGCCAACAUCCCCAACAUCACUAUCGGCAGCACCGAUUCUGGAUGGUUAUUCAUCUUCACUGAAAAUGAGAGACAUGCUGCUGGCGAACUCGGUCCCAACCAGUCCGGAAUCGGGAGCGCAGGAAGUUGUACGUCGCAGCGGUAGCGGUCAUCCCCAUCACCCCCAUCAUCACCAUCACCACCAUCAUCAUCAUCUCACAUCUAGUAGCAACCAAUCCGCAAACAGUGGACCGGUUGGUGGUGGUUGUUUCAAUCUCGUCAGUGCCAGUAUGACCGGAGCCGGUGCGGGUAUCAGUGGAGCGGUGGUGCGCAAGUGUGAUGCCGCUGGUUUCCGAACCAGCCGAUCCGAGGAUCACUUGCAGCAGACACAGCGGGACGGCGGAAUCGGAGCGGUGGUGCCAAUUGAUAUCGAUGAGGAUGUCAAUAGUUCGUUGAAUACGCUGCUGGAUACCAGGCAUGAUUCGGAGGAAGUGCAGGGAUCCGACCAUGAUCGAAUAGUUUGGACGUACAACGCGCCGGUAUCGCAAAACAAUGGCGCUGGAGGAGGAGGAGGUGGUCAUAUGGGAGGAGCCGGAAUCAUUACUUCCCCUAUUUCCCACUCAAGCUCGAUGAGUUCGUCACCUCAGCGAUCCGCUAGCGAUAGUCCUGCUUCUCCUACUUCGGUGUCAUCAUCGGUGAUGUCUUCGUCCGGGGGUUCUAAGGGUGCCAAUGAUCAUACCCACAACGGGUACAGCAACAGUGGCUUCGAAGGUGGCCGAGGAGGCAGCGGGACGCAUAGUAAUCUGCAGAGUUUAAGCUGCCAGAAUGGUGGACCUGGGGUAGGUGGCGGAGGAGGCGGUGGUACUGCAAUGGACCAAAGCGUCUCGGAAGCGGUUUCGAACAUUUCCAGCCCGGACUACCAGGAUGAGCAUGAUCUGCUCAGCACACGGGAUUUGGCCGCGAUGGCUAUCAGCGAUCCCAGUGAUUCCGACUCAACGAUACUGGUUUCGGAGACAACGCAUCGAGUGCACGAUCGCGAUCGUGACCGUGAUCAUAAAAUUGUGAUACAGGUUAAGGGAAUGCAACAGCAGUUGCAUCUUCAUAGCCAGCAGGAAGGUGUGCGCUAUUCCGAGCUGAAAGACUCGGAAGACGAACUGGCGACACUUACCGAAGAUAUGCCAGCAAUGGGACCGCUGGGACACGAUGGUCAAUUUGGAAGCGGUGGCGGCCGAGAAUCGUCGCCACCCGUUUCGGAUGAUGGAAGCGAUGUGGAUUCGCUGCAUUCGUUUCACUAUUCGCCGAAGGCAGUCGAUCUACCGUCGGCUGAGCGUCUGGCAAAGCGCUUGUACUAUCUGGAGGGCUUUAAGAAGAGCGAUGUCUCGCGUCAUCUUAGUAAAAACAAUGACUUCAGUCGUGCCGUCGCUGAUGAAUAUUUGAAAUUUUUCCUGUUUGAGCGGUUAACGCUUGACGAAGCUCUGCGGAUGUUCCUGAAACAAUUUUCACUUUCCGGCGAAACGCAGGAACGUGAACGGGUGCUGGUGCAUUUCUCUAAACGCUAUCUGGACUGCAAUCUGGGAUCUUUCAAUUCUCAAGAUGCCGUUCACACCUUGACAUGUGCAAUAAUGCUGCUGAACACGGACCUGCACGGUCAGAACAUUGGCCGAAAGAUGACCUGCUCGGAGUUUAUUGAAAAUCUGAGCGAACUGAACGAUGGGGAAAAUUUCCCGAAGGAUAUCCUCAAGCAGCUGUAUCAAGCGAUCAAAUCGCAACCGCUUGAGUGGGCUUUGGAUGACGAUUCCCCCGAUCAGCAGAAAGUCGGAACCGGUCGCAACGAGGGCACCAUGGGUGGAAACGGUGGUGGCAAUGGUGGAAGUUCACCGGGAUGUGCGGUAGGCAUGAAUCCAUUUCUGGAUCCUCCACAACCGGCCGCAAUCGAGUACAAGAAAGGUUACGUAAUGCGAAAGUGCUGUUACGACACGAACUUCAAAAAAACCCCGUUCGGUAAGCGUUCGUGGAAGAUGUUCUACUGCACCCUACGGGAUCUGGUGCUUUAUCUGCACAAGGACGAGCACGGUUUCCGCAAAAAUCAAAUGUCCGACAAUGUGCACAAUGCGAUUCGUCUUCACCACGCCCUCGCGACCAAGGCCAGCGAUUACACCAAAAAGCAGCAUGUCUUCCGGUUGCAGACGGCCGACCAGUCCGAGUAUCUUUUCCAAACCAGUGACUCCAAGGAGCUGCAGUCCUGGAUCGAUACGAUCAACUUCGUGUGCGCUUCAUUCUCGGCACCGCCCCUGGAGGGAGGCGUUGGCAGUCAGAAGCGAUUUCAGCGACCGUUGCUGCCCUGCACGCACACCAAGCUGUUGUUGCGCGAACAAGUGGCAUCCCACGAAGAACAGGUCAACAAACUGGACAACCUGCUGACGGAGCAUAAAAGGUCAACAAUUCCGACCAAGGGAUUAGCUCUGCAGAACUACAAAGAGAAAGAGGCUUAUCUGCUCUAUGAGUUGAAACGCUACAAAACGUACUACUACCUGCUAAGCUCCCGCAUCAACUCGGAUCAGGCACUGGAUUUCGAAAAUCUACUGACGCUGGGCGAAAGUGGUGUCCUGAUGGAAACGGACGAGAUUCUGCAGCGGAACCGACAAAACUCGGCCGGUGGUGGCGGCACUGGCAGCGAGCUGAUGGUUGGUAGCUUCGGAGGCGCAGGCGCUAACCAGGCAAUCAUCCAGCAGCAACCGUUAAGCCAGCAAAGCCAGCAGCAAUUUCAGCUACAGACAGUUGGUGGUGGUAUUGGAGUUGGAGGAGGAGGAGGAGGAUUGACAACAAAUGAGAACAAUUCGCUUGGACUGGGUCCCAUGAUCAGUAGCAGCGCUUCCAACAGGAGCGAUAGUAGAAUGUAUAAAACCUGAGACGACGCUCUGUACAUCACAACUGCCUUUUACCACUACCAGAACCAUGCUUAUGACCGAAACGACUACCACCAUCACCUAGAAUCCCUUGGCUCCGGCGGUUCAAAGGUGCACCGGGGCACACUUCGGUCCACCGAAACCGCCGGCGUUGGUGCCCCGUCCUGUUGUCCGACCGUACUAGCCGCUAUGACCGCCACCUUACGAUCCUUGUCCUACCUCCUGUUCCCACGAAAUCAUGCAGUCACGAUUGGCAGCGGCGGCGGCGGCGAUGACAGCAUACAAGUGGCUACAACACCCCCCUACGGUCACAAUGUGUGAGUAUAGUAGCGUGUAGCACAGCAGCUCUCACGUUCCUCGUGUUUUUUGAAUAUCACCCAAAAGCCAAAACGCUCGAUGCGGCGUUGUCCAAUGUUGUACAUGUUCGAAUUGUUACAUAUAUGAUUAGUUGUUGUUCCAUCCAUCCGAAUCGGAAGGCUUCCCAUUUAUCAUCCUGAAUGUCCUUCGACGAUUUUUUUUUCGCUCGGACGAUCGAAAGCAUCAGAGUAUUCGCUUGGCAGUUAUUAUUUUUUUUUUCGAACGGUUCUAAGCAGAGAUUUCAUUGACGGCGCUUUAUUUCCUUACCUUAACUUACACACGUGCAUAUUACCUAUAGGCUAUUUGAAUGAUCACAGUCACACACACUUUCCGAAUGUGCGUGAAUUGAAUGACUGAUAAGGUGUGAAGAGUGUUUUAAGCAAGAAUAUUUUCAUUAAUUUACGAAACACACAGAUUAAUGAUGAGAGAAAUAGAUUUUUCGUGAAUGUUGUAUAUUUUACAAUUAAAACAUGAGUGAACCAUAGUUAAACAAUGGCAUUUUAUACAUUCAUACUUCAUGCGGCAGUGAUGGACAUACAUUACGCAAGAAUAGAUGGCUAGAGCAUCUUCCUCGCAGGAGGCAGAUUAAACAAAAAAAGAAUCAACAGAAAGAGACAAAUCUUUUAGUAGUUAGCGAAAUCCUAAAAUCGAAAGUCUCCAGAGAGUGUAAAACACCCGGUGUAUUGCUAAGCAGAU